GUGUGCCCUGUCGUGUGUCGCCUGGAGUCGAGCGUAAGGACGAAGUGCGUACGAUGAAGGGUCACUGGUGUCUGGCCUGGUCACUGGCGCUGGUCGCCCUCGCCUCCACCCUCGCCAGUGUCGGGGCAACCCAGAAGCUCCAGGAGCGCUACAGCUGGCAGCAGCUCGACUUCGUGUUUCCCAAUCAACGACUCAAGCAACAGGCGCUGGCAAGCGGGGACUACGUGCCGACCAACGGGCUGCCGGUCGGGAUCGAGCGCUGGGAGAACAAACUGUUCGUCUCCGUGCCACGAUGGAAGGAUGGUAUCCCCUCGACGCUGAACUACAUCGACAUGAACCAGACGCCGUCCGGAUCGCCGGCCCUCAUCCCGUACCCGGACUGGUCGUCGAACGUGGCGGGUGACUGCGCGAACGGCCUGUCGACGGUGUACCGCCUGAAGGCGGACCGGUGCGGCCGGCUGUGGGCCCUCGACACCGGCACCGUCGGCAUCGGCAACACGACCCAGCAGCUGUGCCCGUACGCACUGAACGUGUGGGACCUGAAGACGAACCGCCGGCUCCGGCGGUACGAGCUACGCCCGGAAGACACGAACGCUAACACGUUCAUCGCCAACAUCGCCAUCGACCAGGGACCGGGCGGGUGCGACGACACGCACGCCUACAUGUCGGACGAGCUGGGCUACGGGCUGAUCGUGUACUCGUACGAAAAGAACCGCUCGUGGCGCUUCGCCCACAGCUUCUUCUUCCCGGACCCGCUGCGCGGUGACUUCAACGUGGCCGGCCUGAACUUCCAGUGGGGCGAGGAGGGCAUCUUCGGCAUGUCGCUAACGCCGCUCCAGACGGACGGCUACCGGACGCUGUACUUCUCGCCGCUUGCCAGCCACCGCGAGUUCACCGUCUCGACCCGCGUCCUGCACGACGAGGACAAGGUGGAGGAGAGCUUCCACGAGUUCCAGUUCCUGAAGGAGCGCGGCCCGAACGCGCACACGACGUCGCGCGUCAUGAGCGACACCGGCCUGCAGCUGUUCAACCUGAUCGACCAGAACGCCGUCGGCUGCUGGCACUCGUCGAUGCCGUACAGCCCCGAGUACCACGGUGUCGUCGACCGGGACGACGUGGAGCUGGUCUUCCCGGCCGACGUCAAGAUCGACGACGAAGACACGGUCUGGGUGAUCUCCGACCGGAUGCCCGUGUUCUUGAUCGCCGAGCUCGACUACAGUGACGUCAACUUCCGGAUCUUCGCCGCCCCGCUCGCUACGCUCGUCGCCGGCACCGUCUGUGAUGUGCAGGGGCCGACCGCAUCGUUCGGUGCCAUCCAGCCCAAGUUCGGGGCCGCCGAGCCACCGGGGCUUGCGGCGUACGCCGGCGACACGACGCUGGUGCCGACAACCUAUGCUCAGCCGCUGGCCCCCGCUGGCACUACCUACACGUACGCACCGACCGCCGCACCAACGCCGGUCAAGUACACGCCGGCGGCGGCGGCGUACGAGACACCGACCAGCCACAUGUACUCCACGCAGUCGUACGCGCCCAGUACGGCCAAGGCGUACGCCUACAACAAGUACCACGGUGUCGAGUUUCACGCCCACGGCGGUCCGGAGGCAGCCAGCGGUGGCUAUCACCACGGGGCACCUCACCAUCACUACCACCACCACCAGCAUGAUGAGCACCACGGCGGCGGCGGCGGUGGCGGCGACGACCGCGGUUACGGCUACUGGGGCGGCGCGGGUGGCGGCGGUGCUCACAAGAAGCACGACUCCUGGAAGCAGUUCUUCUACUGAGACACUAGUACCCGAGACCGCGGGACACCGGUAUCACCUAUAGUCCGCUGUCUCUGCUUUCCUCUCUCGCACUACCUACCCACCCACCAACACCCACACCACCACAGACUGUGUCUCGUGCACGAUUGCUAACCACCACCACCGAACCGAACUACACCGGAAGUCCAGUCGCUGGAACCGGCGCUGACAAGUAUAGCACACUGAAGAAAGUUGCCUACUUCAAGACCGGGCCGAUAUCUAGUCGAGAUCUCGACGGUCUGCUAGGCAAGCGACUUUAUAUAACACAUCCCAACGGACAGAGCCCAACUGAUGGGUCACCAUCAGCAGCAUCCUGGACCUGGACCUGGAUCUCUGCUUCGUUAAAAUUAGGCUUUCCACUCCAAGAGCGACAGCGAGAGAGGAAGUAGAGGAUGAAAAGAUAGACAGAGAGAAAGCAAGAAAGAGAGACAGAGAGAGAGAUGCCCAGCGGUGGUGCGCUCAGUAGUACGCAACGUUGGAGUAUAAUAAUUAUUGUAACUAAGUAUUACCAUAACGAGAACGAUAAAGCCAACAGAA